CACAGCAAGCAACAUGAAGACUCAGAUCUUGAUGGUGUUAGGCAUGGCAGCCCUAUCAGCCGCAGACAGCAGGGAAAGGUUCUCCUAUGGUCCCCCUCGGCCUUACUCAGCGGAGUCUUUUGAGUCUAGUGAGGCUCAGUACAACUUCAACUAUGCUGUGAAACACGAAGACUCCGGCAACGACUUCGGUCACCAGGAGACCCGCAACGGUGACGACACCAAGGGGUCGUACUACGUGCAGCUUCCCGACGGUCGUCUGCAGACAGUGAAUUACUUCGUGGACGGUGACUCAGGCUACAUCGCUGAUGUCAAGUACGACGGUGAGGCUCGCUACCCAGACUCCGACGAGUCCAGGGAGGCUCCCCGCUACGCCCCACCCAGGCCCCGGUACUUCGCUCCAGACUCCCAAGAGUCUCGUGAGGCUCCAGUAUUCGUCCAACCCAGACCUCGGUACUUCGCUCCAGACUCCCACGAGUCUCGUGAGGCUCCAGUAUUCGUCCAACCCAGACCUCGUUACUUCUUCCGUGACUCUAAUGAGUCCAAGUAAUCACCACCAACGUUCAUA